AUGGCUAAACGCACCAAGAAAGUUGGCAUUGUCGGUAAAUAUGGUACACGUUAUGGUGCAUCAUUACGUAAAAUGGUUAAAAAAAUGGAAGUAACUCAACAUUCAAAAUAUACAUGUUCAUUUUGUGGUAAAGACAACAUGAAACGUUCAUGUGUUGGUAUUUGGAAAUGUCGUUCAUGUCAAAAGACAGUAGCCGGUGGUGCUUAUGUUUACUCAACAUCAACCGCAGCUGCUGUUCGUUCAGCUGUACGUCGUUUACGUGAUAUGCGUGAACAAUAA